AUGGAAGAACAUGGAAUGUUUGUUGAAACAACUGUGAAAGAAAAUGAACGAAAUGAACAUGAAACAUAUAUUCGUAUGGCAAUUGACCUAGCAGAAGAAAAUGUUAAACAUGGACUCGGUGGACCAUUUGGUGCUGUUAUUUGUAAAGAUGGAAAAAUUAUUGCUAAAGGUUCAAAUAAAGUUGUUCCAACAUGUGAUCCAACAGCACAUGCUGAAAUGACGGCUAUUCGUCAGGCUUGUCAACAAUUAAAAACACAUAAUCUUGAAGGUUGUGUUAUUUAUACAUCAUGUGAACCAUGUCCAAUGUGUUUAGGUGCUAUUUAUUGGGCACAUCUUGAGCAUAUUUAUUUUUCACAUUCAAAAUCGGAUGCUAAAGAUAUUGGUUUUGAUGAUCAUUUUAUUUAUGAAGAAUUAGCACGUGAAUUACAUGAACGACGGGUUGGCAUCACUCAAUUGCUGAAAGAUGAAUCGAAAGCAUUUUCAAUGUGGACAGAGUGCCAGAAUAAAACACAUUAUUAA